GGAACGUGCACGCGAGCUUAGAAAGACAACAGAAAAAUAAGGUGCUCUCUUUUAUUUCUUCCGUGUGGAUAAAAUUCGAAAGACCAUCCGUCCUUCAUAUUCUCCAUCUCAUUGUCAGUUGUCUGCAGCAAUUCACCAAAGACAGAAAUGCAGCAAAAUCCUACAGACAGCAAUGGAAAUCAUGAUGUCUCACAGCCAAAUAUAUCUUUCCAAAGUUAUAUGCAUGGUGGAAUGUCCAGCCUUAUCUGCACAUUUGUCACAUUCCCCGUGUACAAAACUGUGUUUCGCCAGCAGUUGCACAGCACACUUAUCCGUGAGGCUGUCGCACAACUAUAUAAAGAAGGGCUUCUGAAACUUUACCGUGGAGUAGUGCCACCCUUGCUGAUGAAGACUCUUCAGGGAACCAUCCUCUUUGGCCUUCAGAAUACCCUCCUGCAGCAGUUAUCCCCUUGUGCUGAAUUAUAUUUUCCCAGGGCAUUGCUUUCCUCCAUGGCCGGGCUCGGGACAGGGGUAGUGGAGAGUUUGUUUUUUACCCCCUUUGAGCGUGUACAGUGUAUUCUACAAAACAGUGGCAAUGACCACAGCCUUCCCACUCUCCGCAAAAUUAUAGGCCGAAUGUCAUCUGAAACAUUAGCGAAUGGGUGGUACAGAGCUUUUUUACCCACUCUCACUCGUAACGCAUUAGGGAGCAGUCUUUACUUUGGCCUGAAGGAUCCAUUGUCCGGAUGGUUACGUGAGCAAGAAUAUUCUCCUAUAGUCUCAUCUUUCAUCUCAGGGAUGAUCAGCUCCUUUGUGAUCAGCUUGCCCUUGUAUCCACUGUCAGUGUUGGUGGCUAACAUGCAGGCGCAGGUUAGUGGAAACAAUCUAGGAAUGAGGGCCAGCUGGCAGCAGCUGUGGCAUAAACGACAGAGAAGUCUGAAAUUGCUGUACCGUGGAGGAUUGCUGGUUAUCCUGCGCUCCUGCAUCUCCUGGGGCAUCACCACGGCCAUAUAUGACCAACUGAUGAAGCGCUCAGGCUGAGGAACACUAUCAGCACAUAUCCUUCACUGAAAAGUGGAUUUAUUGAAUCUAUGAAAACAUACUACUAGCCGUUCGAGGCAACGUUUUCCGUUUUUUUAUGAUUUCCUUGCUAACAAAGCCCGAAUGUUACUGAUUAGUGUAGACUCUAAAUAUGUAAACUCUACAAACAAGCCGGUGUUCGGUUCAGCUUAGUUCGUUCAGUUGUCUGGUGAAAAUGCAUCGUAUGCCAAGACUUGCCUCAGCAUACGAUGCAUUUUCGGCAGAUGACUGAACGAACCGAGCUUUGAAAAUGUUUUGUUUUUAAGGUGAAAAUUUUGGAGGUAAGGCAUUUGUAUGCUGAGGUACCACUGUACCAUUUAACUCAAUCUCAAUCAUCUCCUAUACCGCUUUAUCCUAUAUUCAGAGUCGCUGGACCUGGAGACU